CAGAAAAUAUUCUGUAUAUUUUUCAUUUUAUUUUAAAAUUAUUUAUUUGUGUUAUUUUAACACAUCUUCUGUGCUCUCAGAUUUAACAUGUAACAUGUUUGGGGUUUUUUUUCUUCAUUUUAUUUAAUGUAUUUUAAAAUAUAGCAUGGACCUUUUUAAAGCCCUAAAUCAUUAUCAUUUAUCAUGAGUGUAGAUGUUAAAGCAGAUAUCUUUUUAGACGUAUUAUUUUCCGCACGUUUUAUCACAGCUUCUCCUUUUUCAUGAUUUUUAUGAGUUCGUGGAUUUAACAAGUCGCAGAUGAUAAUUUAUUCUCCUGAGGAAAGUGAAAUAACCCUGAUCUGUACGUUCGGUGUGAUCAGAUGUUCUACACGUGCCUUUGUAAUAAAAUACGAAGGUUCCACUUCCUCCUCAUGAGGAAGAGUGACUUCCUGCGGGAACUCUGUAUCUGUGGUGUGUGUGUGUGUGUGUGUGUGUGUGUGUAAAUCAUGGGCCGGCUGGAUGGAAAAGUGAUCGUGUUGUCUGCGGCUGCGCAGGGAAUCGGCCGAGCUGCCGCUCUGGCUUUUGCUAAAGAAGGAGCUCAGGUCAUUGCUACGGACCUGAACGGAGAGAAACUGAAAGAACUGGACGGGACUCCAGGAAUCAGGACUCAGGUGCUGGAUGUGACUAAAAAGGAGCAGGUGGAGGCUCUGGCUAAAGAGUUGGAGCGAGUUGACGUGCUGUUUAACAUAGCGGGGUUUGUUCAUCAUGGUACGGUCCUGGACUGUGAGGAGUCGGACUGGGACUUUACCAUGAACCUGAACGUACGCAGCAUGUACCUGAUGAUCAGAGCUUUCCUGCCCCAGAUGUUGGCUCGCAGGUCUGGGAACAUCAUUAAUAUGGCAUCUGUGGCGUCAAGCAUCAAAGGUGUCGUGAACAGGUGUGUGUACAGCACGUCUAAAGCAGCAGUGAUCGGUCUCACCAAGUCUGUAGCUGCAGAUUUCCUCGAGCAGGGGAUUCGCUGUAACUGCAUCUGCCCCGGAACCGUAGACACUCCGUCACUCAGAGAGCGAAUCCAGUCCAGACCGGAUCCUGAACAGGCGUUUAAAGACUUCAUGGCAAGGCAGAAGAUCGGCAGGAUGUGCACUGCGGAGGAAGUGGCUCAUCUGUGUGUUUAUCUCGCCUCCGAUGAGUCGGGGUACGUGACCGGAGCCGAACACGUCAUCGAUGGAGGAUGGAGUCUGUGAUUAUUUCACACUGUAAUGGAUAAAUAACCUGUGAUGUGUUCCUGUCGUUGCAAUGAAUUAAAACACAUCACGUUGGUCCGUUUUGAAUUAAAUCAUUAAUCAAAUAAAAGACAUAAAAGAGGGUAAAGCACUAAUGAUUAUGGUUCAAUCUUGUGAUUAUUUUAUUAUUAUUUUUUAGUCCCAUUCAUUUUUGAAUGAAAGGGUGCCAAUAAUUAUUAUUUCUCAAUCAAAGGGUAUCAAAAUGUCUCCCAAUUCGAAUGUGAGGAACCUUAGUCUUGUCUGGUGAUGUUUCUAAUAAAUUUUUACAAAUGUAAA